AUGGCGCGCUGCCCCUGGCCCUGUGUGCGGGCUGGCGGCGCUUUCCCUGCAGGCCCCGGCGGGCGGGCGCGAGCGGCCCCGGAACUCCACCCGCUCUCCACUACGGGCGAUGGAAACGUCAUUGACCUGCUGGAGGCGCUGAACGUCACUCGCUCCGUCCGGGGCGUCAGCAGGGCCGCGGGCCCCGAGCCGGGCACGCCGGCCUGGAAGUUCCGCCAGCAGGUGCCCCACCUGACGCUGCCCUGGGACUACGCCAUCUACCUGCUGGCCAGCUCCCAGGGCACCCUGGGCUUCCACUUCGUGGCCAGGCAGAGCCGGGGCUCGGUGGGCACCCUCAUCUCCCUGGUGUCGCCGGCUGCCGCCGCGCGGGACGGGCGCCCGCUGCUGCAACUGGUAUCCAGCGCUCGUGCCAACCAGCUGCAUCUGGACUACCGUGCUGGGCCCAGCAUGGAGCCCGCCUCGCUGCUCUUCCCUGGAGGCAGCCCUUUGGCCCAGGGCCGCUGGGCCCGGCUGGCCCUCGACCUGCAGCCCCACCGCCUGGUGCUCUUCGUGGACUGCCGUCCGGCUGUGCUCCUGGAGAGGGGCGGCCUGCGGGAUGCACUCAGCCUGCUGCUGCCCCUCGACCUGCAAAUCACCUUCGCCAGCCUGCCCGGAAAUGCGACCAGCAAGUUCCUAGGGAUAUGGCAGACGGCUGAGAUCUCCCCCAGCGGGUUCCCACGCCGGCCGUGGCACUGCGAGAACUGGCAGACCCCUUCCCCAUGCCGUACACCCUGGUGGAGAGGGGACCUGGCUGAGCCCCCUUUGAUCAAGGAUCCCCUGGCCCCGGACCCGCCGGCCCUCGCCGACAUCCGCAACUACCAGCAGCCCGGUGAGCCUGAGUUUCCCCGGGGGUGGCGCGGCGCCCCAGGAGCCCUGGAGGAGAGGGUGCAGCAGCUGGAGGAGCUGGUGGAUGGAUUCGGGGGUGCUGGAUCAAGUCAAAGCGCAGGCUGUGUGGACGGAGCCGCCCGGCGGGAGCAUGGCAAGGAGUGGACGCCACGUGCAGACCCCUGCCAGAGCUGCCGCUGCUUGGAUGGCCGCGCCUUGUGCAGAAAGAGGCAAUGCGCCAGGCUGUGCCGUCACCCUGCCAGCCCCCGGCCGGGCACCUGCUGCCCCAUCUGCGACGGCUGCUCGCUGGACGGCCGGGAGUUUGCCAGCGGGGAGCCGGUGCCCAGCAGGGAGCCCUGCACCCAGUGCGCCUGCGUGAGCGGGAACGUGUUGUGCAAACCCACCGCCUGCCCAGCUGCCCCCUGCCCGGAGCCUGUCCGGAGACCUGCCGGGCUGAGCAGUGAGUUCCCAACUGCCGCCGGCCCGCCCCAUGAAACCCCCGCGCUCGCCCGGCUGAGCGGCGACUGCUGCCCGACCUGCGCCCAGUGCUCCUACCACCAGCACGUCUACGCCAACGGGCAGUCCUUCACCGACCCCCACAGCCCCUGCCAGCGCUGCCAGUGCACGGAUGGGACCGUGCAGUGCUCGCCCGUCGCCUGCCCCCUGCCCAGCUGCCCCCGCCCGGAGAGGCAGCCCGGCCAAUGCUGCCCCACGUGCCCAGGCUGCAGCUACGGGGGAAAGGAGUACCCCAAUGGCGCUGAGUUCCCGCACCCCACAGACCGCUGCAAGCAAUGCCACUGCCUCAACGGCAAUGUUCAGUGUCUGUCACGGCGCUGCCCCCUCCUGCUCUGCGUGGAGCCCAUGCUGGUGCCUGGCGGGUGCUGCCCCCAGUGCCCAGAGCCCCCGUCUGGCUGCCUUUAUGCGGGCGUCUCCUACCAGCACACGCAGCAAUUCUACGACCCCUCGGACUCCUGCCGCCACUGCAUCUGUGCCAACGGGACCGUCACCUGCCAGCGCCAGCCUUGCGCCCCCGUUCUCUGCACCCACCCCCUGCAGCAGGACUGCUGCCGUUCCUGUGACGGCUGCCUGUACCAGGGGAAGGAGCUGCCCAAUGGGGAGCAGUUCCCGGACCCCACGGAGCCGUGCCGUGUCUGCACCUGCUGGGAGGGCAGCAUCUCCUGCCAGCCCAGGGUCUGCCCGCUGCUCCAGUGCCCCUUCCCUGCCCGGGGGCCGUGCUGCCAGGUCUGCGAAGGCUGCGAGUACCUGGGCAAGGGUUACCUUGAUGGCCAGGAGUUCCCAGACCCCCAGGACGCCUGCAGCCACUGCACCUGCCUCCGUGGCUUCAUCACUUGCACCAAGACGUCCUGCGACCCGCCAGGCUGUCGCCACCUCACCAGUCCCCCCGGCCAGUGCUGCCCUGUGUGCCAGGGCUGCCACUUCCAGGGCCAGGACUUUGUGGAUGGAGAGACCUUCCCAGCCCCCGGCGGGCGCUGCGAGCAGUGUCACUGCCUGCGGGGAGAGGUGUCCUGCGGGCCUCUGCCCUGCCCUGGGGUGACGUGCCCCCACCCGGCCGUGGGCCCCUGCGACUGCCGCGUGUGUGACGGCUGCAGCUUCCACGGGCGAGCAUGCAGCAAUGGAGAGCACUUCCCCGACCCCCAUGAUGCCUGCCGCCUCUGUUCCUGCCUGGAUGGCAGUGUGACGUGUGUGCCCGUGCCGUGCUUCCCUGCCCCCUGCCAGAACCCUGUUGCCGUGCCCGGCCAGUGCUGCCCCCAAUGCUCCGGUGCCUGCCGUUACCAGGGCCACCUCUACGAGAGCGGGACCACCUUCCGCCCCCCGGGGGGGGACCCCUGCUCCACCUGCACCUGCCUGGAUGAAGCAGUGACGUGCCAGCGCGAGCCCUGCCUGCAGCAAUGCACCCACCCCGUGCCACCUGCCGCCCCCUCCUGCUGCCCCGACUGCGACACCUGCCUCUUCGAGGGCCAGGAACUCACCAGCCACCAGGCUGUCACCCCACCCUCGGACCCCUGCCAGCGCUGCUACUGUCUGCAUGGCAACGUGCUCUGCACCCCCGUCCUGUGUCCCGAGGCUGCCUGCACCAGCCCCGUCCGACGCCCGGGCCACUGCUGCCCUGAGUGUCCAGUGUGCCGGCACGGGGGGCGGGAGUAUCCCGAGGGCUCGCACUGGCCAUCCCCGACGGACCCCUGCCAGCUGUGCUCUUGCGUGCAUGGCAUCGCCACCUGCGCCCAGAUCCGCUGCCUUGGUUCCUGCCUCCGCCCCAUCCAGGUGCCCGGGGAAUGCUGCCCACUGUGUGCAGACUGCAUGUUCGAGGGCCGGCCACACACCCCUGGGGAGAGCUUCCAGCCAUCGCUGGACCCCUGCGAGAUCUGCACCUGUGAGCUGCUGGCGGCCGCGGGGCCGCACUUGCGCUGCUACCGCAGACAGUGCCCCAGCCUGGUGGGCUGCCCCAGGAGCCAGAUCCAGCCGCCUGGGCCGCACCACUGCUGCCCCACCUGUGCCCAGGCCUUGAGUAACUGCACGGCCGAGCUGGCCGGGAACGAGCUCCAGGUGGCCGAUGACCCCUGUUACACCUGCCAGUGCAAGGAUCUCACCUGGGUGUGUGUGCGCCAGGGCUGCCCGCAGCUCAGCUGCCCCCUCACUGAGCAGUUCACCCCCCAGGGCGCCUGCUGCCCCGUCUGCGAUGAGUGCGUGAUAGAGACUGGAGGGCGCCGGGUGUCAGACGGUGAGAGCUGGACGGACAGCGAGGACGACUGCAUCAGCUGCACCUGUAAUCAGGGCCACGUGGAGUGCCACAUUGCAGAGUGUGAGCCCGUGGAGUGCCAGGGCGGCCUGCGGAGGGUGCGGAUGCCCGGCUCCUGCUGCUACGAGUGCCAAGACCCGGACGGCUCCUGCUCCUACCAGGGCCAGCGGUACCAGGCCAGCGAGCACUGGCAGGUGGACACCUGCACCACCUGUACCUGCGUCUCCGGGGAGGUGCACUGCCGGAGUCAGCGCUGCCCCCCAACCACCUGUGCUGCGGAUGAGACACCCGCGCUAACGCCAGGCAUGUGCUGCCCUCACUGCCUGCCCCGCCCCGCCACCUGCUUGGCCUUCGGUGACCCGCACUACCGCACCUUUGACGGGCGACUGCUGCACUUCCAGGGCACCUGCACCUACGUCCUGGCCCAGGACUGCCAAGGGAGGGACUUCAGCAUCCACGUGACCAAUGACAACAGGGGGCGCCCGGGCGUGGCCUGGACCAAGGAGGUGACGGUGCAAGUUGGGGAUGCCGUGGUGCAGCUGCUGCAGGACUGGCUGGUCAGGGUGGACGGCCAGGUGGUGACGCUGCCCUUCCUCAAGGAGCCCCACCUCUACGUCGAGCACCAAACCAACACCGUCCUGCUCAACACCAACAUCGGGGUGAAGGUGCUGUGGAGCGGGCGCUCGCAACUGGAGGUCAGUGUGCCUGGCACUUACAAGGGGCACACGUGCGGCCUGUGCGGCGACUUCAACGGCCACCCGCAGGACGACGCCCGCCUGCGCUCGGGGCAGCUGGCCCGUGCCGAGGCUACCUUCGGAAACAGCUGGAGGGUGCAGAGCGGGAACGGCACAGGCGGGCCGUGCGCCGACGGGCGAGAUGUGGAUCCCUGCAAGGAGGCCGGCUACCGCGCCCGCAAGGAGGCCAAUGCCCGCUGUAAGGUGCUGAAGUCAGGGGCAUUCGAGCCCUGCCACCCCUUGGUGCCCCCGGAGCCCUUCUUCGCCGCCUGCGUCUACGACCUGUGCGCCUGUGGGGCCGGUGCCGACCAGUGCCUGUGCGAUGUGCUGGAGGCCUACGCCACCCUGUGCCGCCGGGCCGGGCUGGCUCUGCGCUGGCGCUCGCCCACGCUCUGCGCCGUCGGCUGCCCUCAGGACCGGGGCUACGUGUUCGACGAGUGCGGUCCUCCGUGCCCCAAGACGUGUUACAACAAGGACGCGCCGCUGGGGGCCAUCGAGUCGCACUGCUUCACACCCUGCAUGCCUGGGUGCCAGUGCCCUGCCGGGCGGGUAGAGCACGAGGCCCACUGCAUCCUGCCCGAGGCCUGUCCCCGGGUCUUCUACGGCAGCCUCUGAGCCCCCGCAGCCCCCGGGACACCCGUACCCUCCACCAUGGCCUCGGGCCUUGCCCACUCCCAGUUGGUGACCUAGACAUGACCCUUUGUGAGGAAGUGCAACUGUUCGUAAUGUUUCCUCUGAAUACUGUGUGGGUGCCU